GGGGUCUUACGCAUGCGUAUUUCACUAAAUCAGCAUGUUGCAUUGUUGACACUAAGAGGAAAUUCCAGAGAGAGAAGAAAGGUUCUGGAUUGACAAAAGCAUUUUACAAUGGGUGUGGCAGGGCCUAUUUCUACAGAUAAAAUGUAAAAAGUUCAAAAGAAGAAGACCAUUUCAAAACCAUCAACCAAUCAUCCACAAAAAAACAUUGCAAAACUGUAAUUCUAAACCACUGAAUACCACCACAAUCUAGCCUACUUACACCCAGAAAAACCAUUCACCAGUUUCCAGUACCAUACAAAUUUGGUGAACCAUGCAGAAUUAUUCCACAUCCUGACAAGACACUGGUCUGUACCUGAGCAAUAAUCAUGAAGUCAGAGGUUUUGUUGAAUUCAGCUUCUAGGAAACAGAAUAAAAAGAGGCAGAUUUUGAUGCAAGAAGAAAAUGGGAAUGAGAGUGGAGACAAGCCUCGGAGUGACUUUGAUACGUGUAAUGUACUGAGUAUGACGAAAUGUAUCAAACUUUCAGGAAAUCUCCUCUCAGAUUCUAAAUCCAGUAACAGUCACGUGAGUGAAGAGUUAGGACAUGGAUUGGAGGUAGUCCCAGAGAAUCGAACACCGUCCCUGUCGUGUGACCCCCCACUCUCGUUCGGAAUGCUAACAAACUUCCAGGCGGACCAUUUAUUUACAAAUAAGCAUAAUACAUCUUAUGAUGCUAAUAUAAGAGCAGCUUCACCAGAAUUGAGCUACAGUGAUAUUGUCCACAAUCUCUCUGUUACUUCUCCAAAUUUUAGAAUUUCAAAUAAUGUCCAUCAUACAGACCUACAAAUAAAUACCCUCGACACCCAGGGGUUUCCAGGACCCUUAGCAGCUGCAUCCCCACUGAUCCCAACACCCACAAUAUCAGAGGAUUCACAAAAUACAUCCCAGUCCAGUAAUGGUUCUCCUACCAGUGGUUUUCCGUACCUUAGGCUGUACCCUAAGGAUAAGGAGGACUCUCCCCCCAGGGUACAGUUCCACCAGUGUCGAUGGAUGCACUGCGACAGCAAGUUCCUCAAAAUGGACGACCUUGUCAACCAUGUCAAUGACCAGCAUGUCAAGGUUGAGAGACCUGAUAUAGACUAUCAGUGUAAAUGGGAAGGUUGUCCUAGAAGAGGGAAGGGAUUCAAUGCGAGGUACAAAAUGCUUAUCCAUAUAAGGACCCACACCAAUGAAAAGCCUCAUAGCUGUGCUUUAUGUGGAAAAUGCUUUUCUCGCUUAGAGAAUCUUAAGAUUCACAACAGAUCCCACACAGGAGAGAAGCCCUAUAUCUGUCCUUUUGAAGGAUGCAACAAAGCAUACUCAAAUUCUAGUGACCGAUUCAAGCAUGUUCGAACUCACCAAGAGGAGAAGCCAUACAUCUGUAAAAUGCCAGGCUGCAACAAACGUUAUACUGAUCCAAGCUCUCUACGCAAACAUGUCCGCACUCAUGGACAUUACUUCAAUGGUGAAAAUGAUAGCAAGAGUUCCAAAUCAAAAUCUCCUGAACUGCGGAGGUCGCCGCCAGAAAAUCCGUCUCCGCCCAUUUCCUCCAAUCCCUCUCCCACCAGCGUUAAUCAGAAAUUAUACAGCAUUCCUACGAGCUGCAUUCUUCAACAAAGCAUGCCAGCUCAUUAUAUGUCUCCUCAUGGAAUAUUUCCCUCCAAUCCAAUGUUGUCGUCUGCCGUCCUUACUGGGGGACUACAGUCAAUGUCGAUUCCAGCAGCUGACAGCUUGGUGACCGUGUCUCCGAGCUCUCCCAUCAAACUGGACAUUGAAAGUGAUAAACUGUCCCUGGAAACCAAAUGCCAGGAUGGACCUCUGGACCUGACAACCAGCAGUCCGUCUACGGGAUCUGAUGUGGAUGUUGGAGAUAGAGAUGGUCCACACUUUCAGAACGUUAACUCCUCCAUGCAUAGUGCCUUGUUUGAGGAUGAGUGAUCAGCAAUGUUAUUUUUUGUCUCAUAGCUCUGGGGUAAUUUUUAAAAAGGGAAAGAAAAACUUGUUAGGAAACUUCUGCCUUGCAAAACUAUGUAUUUUACUUGUAUAUUUUUUUUUCUUUAUUUAUGACAUGAAGGCAGUUGCUUCCAUUUAUUUAUUUUCUCCGUCCAUGUUUUUACGAACACUAGAAUUAUGUGUGAUUUUUUUUUUAUUUAAAUGUAUUUUAAUAAUGUGUAUUGAAUUACAACUGUGACUUUCUUGUCGCAAGCAACGAAGAUUUCUACCUAACAGUAUUAUUGCAAUAAUCAUGUCUAAUUGUUAAUUAAGGUAGCUAGCUUGACAGUUUGGAUAUAUACAUGUACGUAUCAUUCCUGCAUGCACACAAAAAUUUCAGCUUAAUGAUCUUCACAGCAUUGUUUUUCUAGAGCAAUCUUAGGUUGAUAUACAUCUUUGUAUCAUACAUUUUUUGUUGUUUUCCUAUCUGUUUGGUAUUGAUUUUGUGCAUAAUUCUACAUUGUAUUGUAUAUCUUAUAUUUAUAUUAAGUAUUUUACCGAAAGGGAAAUAUUUUAGACAAAGUGAAAAUUUAUGCAAAAUUUCAAAACUUGAGUACAACACGUAAGAAUGAUACACUGUAGUUGGUGACAUGGUUUAUGUACUAGGGCUUGUUUCUAAUUUGUUGAAUUUUAUAGAAAUUUACAGAGCCUCCAGAAAGGAUCAAGAUGCAUGUGUAUAGAGAUCCAUGAUUCAAAACAAAUUUUAUGAUUUAAGCUUCUUUUCAGAGUUCAUGGAAAAAACAACCUUAGUUUGUAACAUCAUAAAGAAAAAGUGUCUGACAUCUAUCCCAUUACUUGCCUAUUUUCCUCAUUGUCUUUUGAUGCAGGCAGUAUUUUAGUGUACAGUUUGUCAAUGAACAUUUCUAAAAAGAAUUUCAGAGGAUAUAUAGGCCACUUUAUGUACAGACUUUGAUGCAUCAGUUUUAAUAUGACAUGUGUCAUGAUCAAAAGUAUUUAAACCAAAUUCAUGUAAUUUACUCAUGCAUUCUCCUAUAUUGGUGUUCUGUUUAUUCCUAUUAGUUUAUUUUUAUAAUAUUUAUUAAAUGCCACAAAGUUCAUUUCAUUAAGGUUCAUUACCCCUGUGAUAAGGGAAAUCACUCUUAUUAACAAUAAGGCUACAUUCCCAAUAGUUUGAGAGACAGAUGAUGUUUAAUAUACAGUAAAGCCUGGAUAUAGGGAACACUUGAGGAUGUCAGUAGUUUUUGUGUUUCUAAUGAUUUUGAUUAUCUAGUUGAUAUUUUGUACUUCUUUGUAACACAUUACAACUAUGAUAUAAACAGGCCUCCACUGUAAGUAUGCUCACUUCAUACAUUCUUUACUGUUCUAAAUGUCCCUGUUUGCAUUUCAAAAUGAACAGGUGUUGAUUGUUCAUUAAAUAUAUAUUUUAAUCAAAAGUGCUAUAUCAGAGUGCUAAAAAGAGUAAUCUCUGAAAAUGUUUGGUAAACUUCAAAAUAUAUUUCACAACUAUGAUUACUUGCACAUAUGGGAAUAUUUUUUCAAGGAUAUGAAUUAAAUUUAUACCUAAAAAUAUUAGCAUAAUAUAUCAGGUAAUGAUGAAGUUUGAAGGGAAUUAAGGAGUUUUAUUAAGAUUAAGGGAUUGAUAAAUGUCAGAAUGACCAUUAUAUGUACUUUAAAAAAAGAUCAAGUGGAAUUAAAAUGUGUAAGUUAAGAUAAAAUUAUAGGAGAAGAUUCUCCCAAUUCUUUGAUUAUACUAUUGAUAGGGACUUUCAGUAAAUAUGACUUCAGUGACUCAGGUUAGCGUUGUGGCCCUUGGCCUUCUUGAUUUAUGUUGGGAUACUUGUUUCUGUGUAAGACUUCACAUCAUAUUCAUCUCUUUUACAUAAUGCAUCACCCAGGCACACAUCUUAGAAAUAAACUCAUAGCCUAAUUUGAAAGCUGGAUGUGUUUCUGGUAAAUAUUUUCUUAAAAGUUUAAAUUACUUGGAAUGGGACAAUAAUUCAUUUUCAUUGUGUCAGCACCCAAUACCUUUCAUAGAUCUAAGCUAAAUAAUUGUGCCAAACAAUUCAUCUUGCAUUCCAAACAUAUUAUAGAAUUAAACUUUAUGUCUUUCUCAAAAAAAAAUAUUGAAAGCAUAAUGAAGUUUAAGGAUAAAUAACACAAACAGAUUUUUUUUACGGAAAUCAGCAAUAGAUCAAAGAGUUCUCAUGGAUCUAUAUUCAGAUAGGUACCCUGAAUAAUUUCUGCCAAGCACAGUGGGAGAAAAUUGUAAUAUUUUGUUACAGUGUUAAAAAUAUGUGCAAAAUUUUGGUAUAGAAUUACAUAAGAAGAUAUACAAAGUCACAUGUCUAAGAACCAUAGAAAAUAUGGAUUUCCUUAUAUUUUAGGGUUGUGUUAUUUAAGUCAUUUCUAUUUAAAAACAGUCAAAAAUAUACAUCAAUCCAUACAUCAAAUCUUUGUGUUAUGUAUCCUUAAGAUUUUAUUUUGUAAUUCUUGCCUAUCACAGGAUGUGUGUAGGAUUCCUCUCUCUUCUCAGUUGUAUAGGUGCUAUAUAUGAUAAAGCAUUUAGUGACAAAUGAACUCGUUUAUUUGUUGUGAUACAUUGUUUUGGAUUAAAUAAAUGAAUUAUAUCUGUUAUAA